AUGCGAAGAGUAAUGGAUCGUAUAUACAGCCAGCCGGGGAUAAACGCGAUUAUCCGUGAGAAGGCUGCUGAGCUCGGUAGCGCUGCUGCGGCUCUGUCAUACGUCCAUAGACACCUCCGUGAGGCGCUUUCCAGUGCAGAAGUGGCUACGGCAGUUCACGAUGUCUUUCCAAUCGGUGCUUCGCAGGAUUCCGUAGGGAAAUUAUGUCGGUGCCGCGGGAUGAUUCAGGAAGUGGACCCAAGUGUUGCGUUAUACCGUGCUUCCCCCAAUAAUUUUUUGGGUGCAGAAACCACGGAUGAUGCUGUAAUGCUGGAGGCCCUUCAGGUGUACGUUAUUCCUGUCCCCGGUAACGCACACUUUUAUGGCAUCCAAGAUCAACAACAAACGGGAUAUCAGCAAGCUCAGGGUGCCGCAACGUGCACUGAAGGUGGUGGCUUCCUUCCAGCGGAUACUUCGGAUUUAGGCCGCAACUCCGGUCUUGACCGUAAGCGACGCGAACGGACACCAAUGGGAGAUCAGACGCAUCAGGGGGAGUGGAAUAGUGAAGAUCCCGACGUCGAGCGCGACCCAAAGCAAAGCCGUUAUGAAGGGGAUAAGUUGUUGGGUACACUACCAGCGCAUUCAGCAGCGAAUGUACCACUUCACCACCAGCUGAACCUUCCACAUCCACCACUCUGCUGGACGCUUCAUACAGCCUGUGUUGUAACCGUGAUUUAUGGCGGUAGUGCGGAGGAGGAGCCGCUGCGACUCAACGACGUGGUUGACUUCUUCGGUUUUAUUGACGAACCAUCCAUUGUUGAGCAUUCAUGUGGUCCAUAUGCCGAGGUAGAGGACUUCGAAAACUUUGAUGCAUGGCACACCGAACAACUCCCUCCUGGUGUCCUCCCGCGAAUGACAUGUUUGUCGUGGCAGCGCGUCUACUGUCAACCUGACCGCCCACUGUGUCACUUCUACUUUGAGUCAAAACGCCCCCUUGUCUUACAGCAUUUAAAAAACACUGUAUGUAAGGGAGACUCCUUACUGGCCGAAUACAUCUUGCUACACCUCUGUGCGCGCGUUAUCACUCAGGAGGGUGGAAUGCCCGUUGGAGACUUACCACUCCGGGUUGAGGGCGACAUUGUGAAUCUUGAUAUGUGGUCAGCAUACAUGAGGGAAGUUGCACCUGUGGGCGAGGUCCUGUUGGAUUUAUCGAAACUGACUAGUUCGUCUCUGCGUGUCACAUCGAGCCUGGACGAGAAAAGCAACAUAUUACGCGCUGGUGUUCUCCAGUUAGCGAAUGGGACACAUGUCACACUUGACAGUCGUGCUGUUGCCAUUGCCAGCAGCGGUGUCCAGGAUGCUAUUUUCUCUGCAGUCCACAAGCAGGUGCUGCAGCUGGAAUACCCUUAUCAGAAACUUGAACUGCCGAUUGAUCUUAGUUUCCUCGUUCUUUCGACCACAAAGUUGACUGAUGAGAUUGGUUUUUUGCAAUUGGCUGUUUCUGUGCGGUGGUUACCAGAGCUCACAACGGAGGCUGCAAUUUCUAACGAUAUUAGCGUAGACGAAGUGAGAGACUACUUUGCGCAGGUGCGGCGGUUGCCCCGCAGAUUCGAAAGGGAGGAUGACAUUUCGACAACUCAACUAUCUGACAAGUUGUUGGCUUUCUCCCAGUCUGAGCCGCGUUGGAAUAACCACGACUCAUUCAUACACAAUAACUCUUUCGCUAUGGCUGCUUCAAUGAUGCGUGCGUAUGCAGCAAGUGUAGGACGCGAGGUAAUUACCAACGAAAGCGUCGGUUUUGUUCUGGCUCUCGAAGGCCAGCGUGUAGCACGUUGUUAUGAUGAAACAUAG